CCCUUCUAUUUAAAUGUAACGGAAAAUUCUGUUCUCAACAGUACACUUGGCACACUUUGGAGACCGAGUUGGCAGCCCCAUCAAUCAGCUGUUUGCAGAGAGAUGCAGAGCAAUCCGUAAACCCGCCUACAAGUAUUGUUAUUUUGAUUAGAACACGGAUUACAGAAUGGAGCCGCCUUACGCCCCGCUUAGUGAGUCCUGCGCCAAGGCGCUGGGCGACAAGGUUUACGAGAAAAGGAAACUGGCCUCGCAGGAAAUCGAGAAAAUGGUCACGGAAUUCAACAACAAGAACAACUCGGCCCAGAUCCGUAAGCUGAUCGAGGUGCUAUCCACCGACUAUGCAACAUCACGAGAUGCCAAUCGGCGGAAAGGGGCGCUUAUCGGUCUCGCAGCCACGGGAUUAGGGCUGGGCAAGGAUUCCGACAAGUAUGUGCAGGGCCUUGUGACGCCCAUCAUGACCUGCCUUUCGGAUCCGGAUCUGCGAGUGCGCUACUUCGCCUGCGAGUCCUUGUACAACGUCGUCAAGGUGGCUCGAUCCGCAAUCAUUCCCUUCUUCCCGGAACUUUUUGCCGCACUAUCACGACUCGUCACCGAUUCCGAUCAGAUGGUGAAGGACGGAAGCGAACUUUUGGAUCGCCUACUCAAGGACAUUGUCACGGAAUCAUCGCAGACCUUUAAUCUACAAGCAUUCAUUCCAUUGCUGAGGGAGCACAUCUAUGUGAAGGAUGCAUUUGCCCGUCAGUAUGUGAUCUCAUGGAUAUCGAUUCUAAACGCUGUGCCCGACAUCAAUAUGGUCAACUACUUGACUGAGAUUCUGGACGGAUUGUUCGUCAUGCUCGAGGAUAACACGCCCGAGAUCCAGCGCAUGUGUGAGACGACGAUCAGUCAGUUCCUAAAGUCGAUAAGGAGCGACUCUUCCUCGGUGCGAAUGGAGGACACCAUUAAUACGUUAAUAACCCACGCACAAUCACCCAAUGAGCUAAUCAAAUCUAUUGCGAUCACCUGGAUCCGAGAGUUUGUGCAAAUUUUUGGCCCUAAUGUGCUGCCCUAUGCUAGUGGAAUAUUUACGGCGAUAUUGCCAUGCCUUGAAUACAAUGUGGAGUCAAAAAGGAGCAUUAAAGAGUGCGCCGUGUCCGUUAACAACUCGAUGAUGACGCUGGUUUCGUCCAAGGAGCAGAAAACGCAGACGGUGGCCAAGAUUGAUUUGCGUUCAAUUAUGGACGUUCUUUCGCAGUACCUCACGCAAAACUCUAUGCACACAAAGAUCGCUGUGCUCAAGUGGAUCCACCAUCUUUUUACCAAUUUUCCAUCUGAAAUGUCUGUGCACGCCAGUAACUUAAAUAAUAAUCUAUUAUCCACGCUGGCCGACAACUCGGAUGAGGUAGUACUUCAAAGCCUAUCGGUUUUGGCGGAAAUCGUUAACUCUCAGGAUAACAAGGAGUUAACCGACUUCAACAAAUCGCACUAUCGUAAGUUUUUACUUAGCCUGUUGAACCUUUUCAGCGAGGAGAAUAUGAUGUUGGAGAACCGAGCUAGCCUUAUUAUAAGAAAACUAUGCGUGUUGCUUAAUGCUGAAUAUAUUUACCGAACUUUUGCCGAAAUAAUAUCGGAGAUGGUGAACAACUUAAAGUUUGCAUCAACGGUUGUGCGCCUGCUGAACAUCAUUCUUCUCACCUCGACGGAGCUUUUCGAGUUGCGUACCAGCCUGCGAAAUAUUUCCAACGAAAAGUCUGCAGAUCUCUUUCAAUGCCUUUACAAGAGUUGGGCCCACUGUCCAGUAUCCACGCUUUCCUUAUGCCUACUGGCGCAGAGCUAUCAGCAUGUAUCGCAUUUGGUUACACUAUUUGCUGAUGUUGAAAUCACUUUGGAGCUGCUUACUGAAUUGGACAAACUGGUUCAGUUAAUAGAGUCUCCCAUCUUCGCUCCUUUACGUCUCACGCUUGUCUCCAAAGCGAACAAUUGCGCAGAUGCUCAGUACUUGGCUCACGCCCUGUUUGGCAUCCUGAUGUUGCUACCGCAGACAGAGGCCUUUGAUACUCUUCGGAAUCGUCUGCAAUGCGUCCCCAACUACUGGGGCCAUGAUCCCGUAGAUGAGCGAAACUCGCUGGAGUACAAAAGUGGCAUAGAUUUCGAUGCCCUGGAGCAGCAUUUCAUGAAAUUACAAAAGGCGCACCGCGAGCAGCGAAUUGUUCACCGAAAACGGAGUGUAAUUACUCCAGAAAGUAACUAACCAUAUAAAGCAUACCUUAUUUAUAUAGCCUGUGAUUAAGCGUGCAGUCAUUUUAUUCGCGUAUGUGUGUUUUAUUAAACUUGAAUCUGAUAAAUUUUGUUAUAAUUUGGCAACAAUGCUAUUAUAGCUUAAAAA